CUGAGACACAGGGUGAGACCUUUGGGAUGGUAAUGUCAAAAUUAAAUGACUGGGUGGAUCUCAGGGAAAAUAUCUUAGCAGCUGAAUUACUUCUGUAUCAUUCAGAAGAUUAACUGCACACAGCUCAGAAGCACUACAUAAACAUGGAAUUCUCACUACAGAUACUGCUAACUUUUAUUACUUGUUUCAGCUGUGUAAAAUCUCAGACUACAUCUCAGAUACCAGCUAUAGUUCAAAUCCCGUAUCAUCCUGAACCAGCUCCUGUAUUUGGACAGAUUACAGCAACAACAGUCACAAUAAAGCAGCCAAAUUGCACUCAACUACAGAAAAGUACUUUUUGUAACACCAAUCCAUGCUACGUCUGGGUUGUCAUUGCUGUAAACCCUGAAGUGCAAAGUAUGUCCUGACAGAUCCUGCAAGAAGUAACCAGAUUGUAGCAGAAACACAUUGGUAUAACUUCACUCUUCUGAAUGCAACAGCGUGGCAGCAAAUCGAUACUAAUCCACCAGGGCGUUCUGCAGGAAUGAUUGUUCUCACCGUCAUCCUCUGUGUUCUCCUUUUCAUCCUACUGCUGCUGCUAAUCGCCCUCUUAAUUUAUGCAUGUACACAUUCUAUGAAAACACAAGAGAAGUUCAACAUCCCCAGCCCCCAGGGAUCUAUCAAAGUAGCAAGAUACCACACUCACAAUAUGAACCAACCAAAAAUGCCAAUUCAAUGAGGCAGAAAAACAUCAAAAACAUCAAUUCACGUGUUCAUCAACCACCAUCAACAAAUUUAUCAGCUGUACAAUGAUAACAUGCCAACAGCCAUCGAUCUAGACAAUAAAUAUAGUUUUAAUUUUGGGAAAUGGGUUACAGAGAAUGCUACAACAACAUGAAGAGUGGACAGCAUUGUUUUUCUUAGAUUUAAGAUGCCCUUAUCUUCUUCUAUAGUAGGAGAAAAGGCACUGACUGAAAUAAAUGCACUUUUUUUAUACUUUUUGGUUAUCUUUUCCCAGCUGCCUCAAUAAAGGUGAAUAUUGUUAGUCUAAUUGUGAAUAUUCUGUAUCACAGUUUAUCACUCAUUACCCAAAGUGCAAAUCACUCAGUUAUUCCGCAAAUUAAAUUGUAAACCCAAUCCGCAAAUACUUCUUCUGUUGAAACCUUUAUUUCCCCAGACUAUUUAGCAGUUAAUUACUAAGGCAUUUAGUAUGUGAGCAUCAAAGAAAUGUAUCAAACAAUGUAAAUGCUAAACGAUAUAACUGAAGUCAUCUGACAGAAAUGCUAAUCACUGCAGACUGACAUGAAGAUGAUUGGUAUGAUCUUCGCCACAGAAGAAGGAAGGCAUGACUAUUCCUGUUUUGUCUCUCAUAUGUAAUUGGGAAAACAGGGCCUGUCGUUGCACCAAAAUCAGCUGGGUCAAGAUGUAAAUAGUACGACCAAUAUAUAAUGAAGACAGAAAUAUCUAUCAAUGUUUUAUACAUGUAAACAAUGUUAUAAUGUUGUAUAAUUGCACUGAACUGAUAUAAACGUCAAAGGAACUUAACAAGAAUUGACGUCUGCUAAACAACCAGCCUUCUCCAUAUAAACUCCAGGUUUUGGCAAAGAGCUUCACCAUUUUUGGUUGCUGAUCCUAAACAUUUUCUUGUUGUGUCUAAUCAAGCUGAGCUGAUUAAAGAACAUCUUUGCCUUGUCAUAUGUUAAGUUAAAUGUCAACUAAUAAAUUGCAAACUGAG